AUGUUUCUAGGUAAUUGUAAUUGUUUUUUCAAACGCAGUCAGAAAUUAGUUCUUCAAUCAGUAAAAGACAGUAUUCUUCCACAAUUCGACGAAAAGUUUGAUCGGGAAACUGAUAGCCAAAUAAUGAAAUUGCCAAUCGAUGAAUUAAGACAGGGUGAACGAUUUCCAGAAGAUCAAGAAACUGUUCACACUAUUGGAAUUAAAUUCGAAGAACUGGCAGUUUUGAUUGAAACCAACGUACUGGAGGAAACACUUCCUCAAAAAAUUAUGCAACUGUCACUUCUAAUGAAAGAACUUUCCAAAGAAGCUCUUGUUACUAUGUUUCAGACUUUAAAAAGUCAAGUAAACACUAAUACACGCUCCAAAAUAAAAUUCGAAAUCUUUGCUGACUUGCUACCAACGGCUCAGUCAGCUGCUGUUGUUCCUGCAGUGGUUGAUUUAAUAGCUAGCAGAAGUAUCUAUGGUCUUAGAGCUCACAUCGCUCUGAACGCUAUUGCUCUUAUUUCUUUUCCUACAAAGAAAAAUGUUGAAUAUUUAAUGCGGUUGCUCGAGAAAAUUGGAAAUUCUGAAGGACCAGAGGAAUGUAGCCACUUGAGACAAACUGUGUUACUCACCAUUGGAUCUCUGGGAAACAAAGCCAUUACAUUGAUUAGACAGAAAAAAAUGACUGACGUUGAAUCGAAAGAUAUUCCCGACAAUAUUCUUUUGAAACUCGCUCGUCUGUUGUCCGAGCCACGAGAUGUUUUAGAAAAAAUUGCAGUUGUUAAAGCAAUGGGCAACUUGGGUUCAAAAAAAUCAGUUAUCCUACUUAGAAAUAUAAUUUUUGAACCAUCUCUAUCUGAAUCACUACGUAUGCAUGCCAUUUAUGCCCUCAGAAAAACAUCUGUAUUUUAUCCAAAUGAUGUACAUCCAAUUUGUUUGGCUGUUUUCAUGGACCAUUCUCAGCCAAUUAAAAUAAGACAAGCAGCUUUUGACGUUGUAAGAAAUGGUUUUCCUUCUUUAACAGUUCUUCAAAUGAUUGGACAAAGCAUGAGAGAUGAACCCCAUCGUCAAAUCAAGACUUACGUUUACACAUCGUUAGCGGAAUAUGCCAGAAAAGUCUUGAAACAAAUCAGACCUCUUAUUCCAGGCUUACUUGAUUCAAAAGCCAUCGAUGCCCAAUUUUUCAGCGAAAAGUUAAACAUUGGUGGAACACUGAAUUUAAGAAAAAUUAGACAAACGGAAUCACCAUUACCCGACAAAUUUAUUCUCAGUUCUCAUGGACAUAUAUUCGACAACCAUCUAAAAUUUAUUGAAAUUGGAGUUCAGUUGAACAAGGUUUACGAAAUGGUCAGAGAUAUUUAUGGCCUUGGUCCUUACGGUGAAUAUUGGACACAAGGAUCGAAAGGAUUUAAAACUGAAAUUGAACUGCCUAAAGAGUUGUUGGAUUGGCUGAAAAGUAAAUCAUCAACCAUGCCCUUGAAAGAGCCUCAGCUUGAGGCUUACCUGGACAUUGUCGGCCAAGAAUUGCAAUUUGUUGAGUUGAACAAAGAACGAUUGCUAGCCAUCAAAGAAUAUCGUAAAAUUAAUAUGUUUCAUUGA